AUGGGUAUUAAACGUAAAAUCGAAGAAAAUGUUAAUGAAUCAGAGAAAAAAAAUAAAUUAGAUCAAACAUUUUCAAUUGAAACAUUUAUUAAAAACUUAAAAGAUCCCGAAACUAGUUUUUUAGCUUUAAGUGAAUUUAAUGAAUAUAUACGUCAUCUAACAUCACAAGAAGAAAUUGAUCAAUUGAUAGAAAAUCUUCUUCAAUAUUUAAAAUCAAAUUUAAAUGAUAUACUUGCACUUAUUAUUGAAGAAAAACGUAAAUCAAGUGAGAAUAUAACACUUUAUCGUUUUCUUACAACAUUAUUGGAAUAUUUUUCAAAAACAAAUAAUUUAAUAUUAUCAGAAAUUAUUAUAAAAAAAUUUAUUUCAAUAACAAAUUCAAUUCAUACAGUUUAUUUCAUGUUAUCUAAUCAUAGUACAGCAAGUCAUUUAAAAAUAACAUUACGAUUUUUAUUAUCUAUGAUUCAACAAAAUGAAUUUAGUGCUCGAUUAAUUUUUUCAUUAAUUGAUUUUAAAAGAUCAUGUUGGAAACCAUUAUUUAAACGACGUGAUAUUCGAGAUAUAGAAGAUGUUCGUUAUUUGACGAUAAAAUUUUUUUUAUCUCCAUUAGUUUAUCAACAUAUUGAUACAAUUAAAAAUUUAAUUAAAGAACAAAAUAUUUUUCAUGAAAUUUUUAAUGGACUUGUUAAUGAUUCUCGUCAUACAGUUGAAUUUAUACUUAAUGAAAUACGUACAAAUAUAAUUAUGGUUACAGGAAUAACAAAAACUGAUAAAAUUCAUUUAUUUGAUGAUCGUAAUUUAAAAUCACUUAUUCGAUUAUAUAAUUGGACUGGUCAACAAAAACAAAAAGAUAUAAUUAAAAUAAAAAAAAAAAAUAAAUUUAAUGAAUCAUUAGAUUUUGAAGAAAUGGAAGUUGAAGAUAAUAGUGAUCGUGAUGAAGUUCGUCGAUUAAUUCAUACAUUUAUGAUGAUUAUAUUAAAUUCAAAAAAUUAUGGAAUUAAUUUUUUUGAUGCAACUUUUGGAACGUCAACAAAAAAUUCAAAUCCAAUAAUUUUUAAAGUUAUAACAAGUCUUUCAAAUCAUUUUCUUACUGAUGAAUAUGCUGCAAAUUUAAUUGUUACUUGUUUAACAACAUGUCCUGAUCUUCUUCAAUCAUUUUUUAAAUUAAUAUCACAUGAAUAUAUUAGUAUACGUUCAAAAAAUCUCUCAGGUACAUUAGAAUUUCUUUGUGAAAUAAUUCAACAACAAAAAUCACUCAAUACUUGGCAUAAUAUAUUUCAAACAAUAACUGAUUCAAAUAAAUUAACUGAUAUAUUAAUUCAUUUAACAUUACCAAUUGAUAUUAUGAAUAAAUUUGAACAAGUGAUUUUAAAAAAUCCUGAUAUAACAAUUCAAUUAGUUUCAAUGAAAUUUCUUUCGAUGAUAUUAGAAAAAGUUAAAGAAGCUUUCAAUAUGAUUAUGAAUUUUUCAUUAACUUGUGAAAAAAAUAAUAUUAUUGAAGCUUAUCAACAAGCUAUUUUGAGAUAUAUUCCAAAACCUGAUCAUUUUUGUGAUUCAUUAAAUUUUUUAAAAACUAUUAAAUCAACAUCUGAUUAUAAUCAAUCUAUAAGUCAAUAUAUAAAUUUAUUAAAAUUAUAUUCAUCAUCAUGUUUUAUGUCAAUGUCAGCAAUGAAUAUAAAUCUUGAUAUACUUUUAUCAAAUUCAAUAUUAAAUUUAUUAUCAUUUUUUAAAGAUCUUUCUUUAGAAAAUGAUAUUAUUGAAAAUUAUUUUCAAUGUAUUAAAAAUAUUUUUAAUUAUCGUGAAUCAAUUGAUGAUGUUACUUGGGCAAGACAUAAUAAAGAACUUGAAUGUACACCAAUACGAAUGUUAUUUAAAUUAGGAAAACAAUUAAAAAAUUUCAAUAAAACUGCAGAAGAUUUAUCAUGGAUUAUUAGUAAAUUUUCUUCAAUGAUUAAUAAUUAUGAACAAGAAAUAAUUAUAUGGAUUUAUACAUGGUUAAAAUUAGGAGUUAAUGAAAAACUUGAACAAUUUUUAUCGAAUAUAAUUGAAAAAAUUAUUUUAAAUCCAUAUCCACUUGUUGAAAAAACAAUUAAAGACAGCGGGUAUAGUUUAAUGAUUUAUUCGGCUCUUGAUACAAUUCAACAUGCUAAAGAAGAUAUUUCAAAUGAAAUUGAUGAAUAUCUAUGUCAUGUUAUAUUUCAAAUAUAUAUUCAACAAAUAAAUCCACCAUCGGAUAAAGUUCAUCAACAUUUACGAAAGAUUUAUUUAAAAAAUAAAAAAGAUAUAAAAAUUAAUCAAUUACUUAAUAUCAUUUCAUCACCGAAUAAACAAAAUCAAAUUUUAAUGGAUGAAAUAAAUUAUAUCGAAAAAUUAAUUCUUGCAAAUAUUGAUUUGGAAAAAGGUCCAGAUAAUAUGCAAAUUAAUUUAGCAAUGAAAUUAAAUAUAUACAAAAUAUUUGUAUUACAUGAAAAUGAUAAUUCAAGAUUAAUAACUGAAAUGAUUCAAUGUUUAAAUAUUGUUCUUCUUCUACAUGAUUCUCAUCGUUCAUUUGAAGUUCUUUUUGAUAGAACAAUUGAACAUAUUGAAUCAUAUUCAUCAUCAAUAGAAAAUACUCAAAUAAUUUCAUUAGUUUGUCAACUUAUCAAUGGACUUGAUAUAUCUCAUCAAACAUCAAAAUCACUUCAACAUUCGAAAAUUUUAUUAAAAUGUCUUGAAUAUGAACCAAAUAAUUAUCGUUUGAUUUAUUUUACAUCGAAUUAUUUAUCAUUAGAAUAUCGUUUAGAUUUUCUUAAUAUUAUUUGUCAAACAUUUACAAAUAAUAUUGAUAUAUUAAAAAUUAUUAUUAAUGAAAUUAAUAUGAAUAAAGAAAUAAAUAAUGAACAAUAUUUAGAUACAAUUAUUGAUGGUUUAAAAGAAUUAAAUGAUAAUAUUGAACAAGGUAUUGAAUGUAUUAUGGAAUUAAUUGAUCGAAUGAAAAAAAUAUCAAAUAAAAAUUGGAAAAAUAUUUUACGAUUAAAACAAAAAAUUCUUUUUAAAUUAGCAAAUAAAGAUUAUUCUCAAUUAGAAACUCGAAUUAUUGUUGGAAAAUUAAUUGUUCAGUAA